UAUAGUCACAGUCGUCACAGUUGCGACACAACGAGCAGUGGGUGAGAGGUAUGAACCAGUUGUAGUGAAUCCCUACAUUCACCGUUACCUUGAUCGAGCGUUAAUUGUCCGCCGCGACGACGACGGUAUCGACAAGGCUGUGGACCAUCCAUUCACCGCGGCGACGAUAUGAGGAUGGCACCGGGGAUUGGCUUGAUGGCGUUGGCAAUCCUGUCGAUGACUGGAGUCAGCGGCACACCUGGGAUUCUAACCUAUUAUCAGACCUUCCCCACCAGGAACGAAAACAAUGAGGUGGUGUACGAGUAUCGAUACUCUGUGGACGACCAGAGGUCGGGGGUUGUGAACGACCAGUGGGAACAGAGGAUCGGCCAGUUUGUCAAGGGUCGGUACAGUCUGCUUGAGCCCUCCGGUAAGGUCCGCACAGUCAGCUACGAGGUGGACGGGUCUAGGGGCUUUGUUGCAGUCGUCAAGACUUCCUACCCAGCCACUUCCCUCCUAAGCAACCAACAGUUGUACAGCUCUAACCAACGGUACCCGGAGCCUGCCAUCAACCUCAGACGAGUGGUGCCGCCCCCACUUCAGGACCAGGGGUCGCCGCCCCACAACUACCACGCACUGGGCGCUCAGUCCUACCGCCCCUCGCAACCAGUCACAAGGCCACAGCCCCCUCAGCAAGGAUUUCAAACCGGGUUCCAGGGGGGCGGGUACGCCGGCCCUCUCUCACCCCCUCAGACCUCUCGGCCCCGCUACUCGGCCUACAGGCUGUAACUGCCUUCUGUAUUAUAUUGUAACUUUUUGUAAAUUAAAUUUCUUAGUUUUAA